AUGAAUGAGGAUGGGUCUAUUCAGGAUAUGCAUACUCGAGAGUUGACUAUUGAUGAAGCAAAGGAUCUGCAAAAGUUGACUAUUGAUGAACUCAUUGGAAAUCUGAAAACCAAUGAGAUGAAUAAGAAGAAAGAUCAUGAAAGAAGAGAACCUAAAAAGGAGAAGAACCUGGUUCUCAAGGCAGACAGCAGUGACUCAAGUGGAGAUGACACUGACAUGGCCUAUCUUAAACAAAGAUUUCAGAAAAAGGGAUAUUUCAUCAAAGAUUGUCCUCUCCACAAGCAGGACAAUUACAAACAUAACGCGGAUAAGACGAUUAAGAGGAACCCGCUCCCUGACAAUAAGUUCAAGAGAAGAGAUGCCGCUGAUAAUGUUGUGAAGCAAGCUCUGGAUGCCUGGGGAGAUUCCUCUAGUGAAUCUAAGGGUGAUGAUGAGCAAAGAGACACCUCCAUGAUGGCCGUUGAAAGUGAAGCUGCUGAAUAUGAAUCCAUAUUUGCACAGAUGGAAAAAUCCGAUGAGGAAGAAGAUAAUGAUGACGAUGAGACAGUGGUGAAGAGAAGCAGUCAAAAAUGGUACAUGGAUAAUGGCUGCUCUAAACACAUGACUGGAAGAAUGGAUGGUUUCCUUUCACUCAAGGUCCUGCAAGGUGAGAGUGUGUCCUUUGGAAAUGGCAAAAAGGGAUACAUUCCGGGAGUUUGA